UAUAUCAGCACCCAAUCCCUCACCCUCAACCUCCAUUUUGCCCAUUUCACUGCUCUCCCCUAGAUCGUCUCCAAGAAAGAGAUCUCCUUACAGCUACCGUACACACUCACACACACAUUCACUGAAUGGGUCGAGUCAUCCGAGCUCAACGUAAGGGUGCUGGUUCCGUCUUCAAGGCCCACACCCACCACCGCAAGGGUCCUGCUCGUUUCCGCAGCCUCGACUUCGGUGAACGAAAUGGCUACCUCAAGGGUGUUGUCACCGAUGUCAUCCACGACCCUGGCCGUGGCGCUCCUUUAGCCCGUGUUGUCUUCCGUCACCCUUUCCGUUACAAGAAGCAGAAGGAACUUUUCGUUGCCGCCGAGGGUAUGUACACUGGACAGUUCGUCUAUUGUGGUAAGAAGGCUACUCUUGUGGUCGGAAAUGUAUUGCCUCUUAGAUCUAUCCCUGAAGGAGCUGUCGUUUGCAACGUCGAGCAUCAUGUCGGUGAUCGUGGGGUUUUCGCUAGGGCUUCUGGUGAUUACGCUAUUGUUAUUAGUCACAACCCUGAUAACGACACCACCAGGAUCAAGCUUCCAUCUGGUUCGAAGAAGAUUGUUCCAAGUGGUUGUCGUGCCAUGAUUGGGCAGGUUGCUGGAGGUGGUAGGACUGAGAAACCUCUGCUUAAGGCUGGUAAUGCUUUCCACAAGUAUAGAGUGAAGAGGAACUGCUGGCCUAAGGUUCGUGGUGUGGCUAUGAACCCAGUUGAGCAUCCCCACGGAGGUGGUAACCAUCAACACAUUGGUCAUGCUAGUACAGUUAGACGUGAUGCUCCACCUGGACAAAAGGUUGGUCUUAUUGCUGCAAGGAGGACUGGUAGGCUCAGAGGACAAGCUGCUGCCACUGCUGCCAAGGCCGAUAAGGCUUAAUAGGAUACUACUAGUUGUUUUGGCGUUUAUAUUGACAUCAAUGACUGUUAAAGCACAUUUAAGCUAGAAAUUUUGUUUGAAAUUUCAGAUAUGGUACUGUUUUGGAGUUUGGAUGACGGUUGUUUAUGUUUUGAGUUUGGGUUUUUAUGUGAAAGUGUUUUAUGCCAGUGUUUCCAA